AUGUGUGCACAGACCCCUGUUGGCAGGAAGAACAAGAAGGCCCACAGCAAGAUUAUGUCUCCGAUACUGAGUCAAAUAGCUGCACCAGCUGAAGCAGACAAGGUGUCCCCACAGGAAAUCAUCCCUCACAUCGUGCUGAAUGUAACGGGGAAAGACUCUCCGAGUGCCACUGAGCUGCUCAAAGGCAGCACCCUGCCUCAGCUGGUCCAGGUUUUGGAUGAUCUGGGGUUGGGACCCAGCGGCCCACCCAUCCCUCCCCCCGCCACUUUCUCUGUGGUUCCUUUUCCCAAAAGCAGAGAGCAAUCUAUGAGUAAAGUCACCUGCAGCCGUUUCACCUUCCUGGUUCCCUCAGGGCAGGAGGAACAGGAUGAGGAGAAGAAAGACUCAGAGGAAGAUUUACAUGCAUCAGUUGUAAAGGAAGAGGCAACACAUUCCAAAGGUCGCAGCAAAGGCAGCACUAAGGAGGGUGCAGUAACAAAGGACAAAAAGAGUCAAAAGAGCAAGAGACAAACUUCAGCCAAGACAAAAACAAAGGUCCCGGUCAUUUCUCGCACAUCUGCACGCGACUCACUGGACUGCAGCGAACAAGACCUACACCAAGGAAACUUAGAGCUGAAACGCAGCCAGAGCCUGACACAUUUUCGCUGGGUUGUACCAGCCAACAGUGAGGUGGUUCUGAAGAUUUGGUUUUACUCAGAAUCCCCAGAGACAUUUGAACAGACCUUCAACUUUGAGCUGCUGGGGACCCAGAGACUCUACCAGCUCCUCUGCACGGGGAUUUGCACCUAUCCCUCCAUCUGCAAAGACCACACGACUCUUUUUGCUUUCAGUAAGAAGGUAUCACAAAUGGAAAAGGGGCUCGAAAAGACUUACGCAAUCAAACCUGGGUGCUUUGAGUUUGGACCGUUACUCUGUGGAAAGACCAGAGACAGAUACAAGGAAAGUAGGUACCCUGAGAACACAGAGAGACUAGUGAUUCAAAACACUUCAGGCCUAGAGGCUGAGGUCCAGUUCAGUUUCCAGCACGACACCCAGGCUGCCACAUAUCUGCUGCACCCCCCGACAAUGACUCUCAAACCUGACCAGAAACAGGAAUUGACAGUGUGGGCCUACCCAACAAACAUUGGACAAAUGAAAGACAGUAUAAUUUGCCAAAUCAAAGACAAUCCAGAGCCUGUCAUCAUCAACAUCUCCUGCUGGGGCGUGCGGCCAGAGCUGGAGCUGGAAAGCAAGCAUUUGCACUGUAACAGGACUAUGCUGCACAGGCGUAACAGCUGUAGUGUGACGCUGCAUAAUAAGACGGCCCUGCCGGUGUCUUGGAAGCUGCAGGGUGUGGACGAGUUGGGAGAUGAGUUCAGUUUGCCACAGGAUCAAGGCGUCAUCUCAGCUAACUCCUCUUUCCUCCUGAGCUUGCACUUCAGGGCCAAAAAGCCACUCCACAUAAAGAAGAUCCUACGUUUGGAGGUAUCAGAUGUGGAGAAGAUUUUAGGCGUCAUGCAAACAGAAAACAUACAGGUCACAGCUGAAGCCUACGAUGUCGCUCUGGAAAUCAUACCUGCAGAUGGCUGUCUUGACUUUGGAACCAUCAAAGUUUUUGAAGAGGGCAAAAUGUCUCUCAGGUUGAAAAACCAAGGGAAAUAUGAAACAGCCUACAAGUUAACACUUCAGCAGACUGACCUACCCCAGCCAAACCUGGAAUCCAUUUUCACGUUGUCCCCUUGGAGUGGUACUCUAAUGCCCCACGAGAAGCCCACCACAGUGCAGAUCCUCUGCAAAGCCAAUACAGAAAUCUCAAUGAUAGAGCGGCCUAUCCUGCUCUGCCAGUUGAUUGAACCCAACAUUGGGAAUGGAGAAGUCGUCGCCACACUAACCAUCAACAUUUCAGUCAAGUCGGUCUUCUCCAGGUACAAGAUCACACCUGCCUGUGACAUCAACUUUGGUCCUCUGGUCUACGGCUACAAGAAAAGUGAGAGCUUCACCAUUGAGAACAACGGAACCUUUGAGACCCGUUACAGUGUAUGCCACUUGAUCACAGACGCCACCUCACCGGGAAAGCAAGGGGGUCCCGGUAAGAAGAGCCAAUCAGAGAGAGCCACUGGUGCCACUAGCAAAGUGAGACGUGAGUCCAUUCAGAGAGACUUGAGUAUUACACAGAAUCGCCUCACCAUUGGGGUGUUCUCUGUGUCCCCCUGUAAUGGCAGCUUGAAUCCAGGGUCUCAGCAGGUGGUGACAGUGGAAUGUGUUUCUGAUCAGCUUGGCAGCUGGAACCAGGAUUUGCUUAUUGACAUCAGUGACCGUGACCCCUUAGACCACCCUGAUGGCAUUCCUUACAAACUGCUGGCUGAGGUCUGCAAGCCAGGUAUAUCGUUGGACAUGGCUUCCAUCUUUGAGGAGCACCAUCUGUGUAACAACAGCAGUCAGCUCUCCUCAGAGCAGUUCUGCAAUGCUGAAGGAAUUUACGUCCAGGACGAGAACAAGUUUGUUUUCAACAAAGCCCUGGUCGGGCGCACUGCCAAGGCCCGCUUCAAACUCACCAACAACAGCAAGGUGCCCUGUGCGCUCAGCUUGGCCAUCAAAUAUGUUGGCGCUAAGCCGUCUCGUGGAGCGGAUGUUUUUGAUUUGUCUGCUACGACACUGAGCAUUCCUGAACAGUCCCACGUGUUCGCCGUGGUCACCUUCACACCUCAGGCCAUGCAGCUCUACAGUGCUGUGUUCGAGGCCACGAUGGAUGUAACCAGCAGAAUGACACCUACAUUCAAGAGCAAGGUGCUGGAGUUUGACCUAAUGGGAGAGGGGAAUAUGCCCAGUGUGUGUGUGGUGCGUCCGGUUCUAAGGACUAGCAGAGGGAGCCCGAGGCUGCAGUUCACACGAGUAUCAGCAGGGCGGCGACAUACCCGGCCCCUGGUGCUGCUCAAUGACGGAAAUGUUCCAGCACAGGUACAGAUUGACAUGCUGGAUAAACAUGGAGUGUUCACCCUCAAAGCUGCUCCUGGCAACACUUGCAGCGCCAUCUACUCCUCACAGAUUGAAGGCACUACCAAGUGUCAGUGUGUCAACAGAGAAACUCAGAUCUGCAUCCUCCGCAGCGUUUCCUCUCAUUCAGCCCGACUGACCUCCGACAAACAAGAAGCUCGUCUCCUGACCUGA